GCUUCCUGUGGUGCGCUUAUUGGUACCCAGUCUCCGCCAGUUUCAUUAAAGAUGGCGACCUGAGAGACCUGAGGAAUUUUAGUGUGCAAAUAAUUGUUGUUUUGUAAUGGCUUCUACUAGUGUCAAGGAUAAAGCAUUAAGAUUGAUGCGUGUAGUUGCGUCUUCAUCGUGUAGGUGCCCUGCACAUUCUCAUGCGUUUGGCCAAGGGUCUUGUAGUCGCCUGGGAUCGUCAACCGCUGAAGAACAUGUUGAGCCAGAGUAUGCAUUUGAGAUGGCAAGUUCUAGUAUUCGUUAUGGUGAAGGAGUGACAAGGGAGGUUGGAAUGGAUUUUCAAAAUAUGAAAGCAAAGAAAGUCUGUGUUGUUACAGAUAAACAGCUGUCCAAGUUACCACCACUUCAUCAGGCAAUAGAGGCACUAGCUAAGAGUAAAGUAGAGUAUGAUGUCUAUGACAAAGUUAGAAUAGAACCUACGGAUACAAGCUUCAAAGACUGCAUUGAUUUUGCCAAGAGAGGAGAUUAUGAUGCAUUCCUUGCUGUUGGUGGAGGUUCAGUUAUCGAUACAGCUAAAGCUGCUAAUCUAUACUCCUGCUAUCCUGAUAGUGACUUCUUAGACUUUGUUAAUGCUCCCAUUGGGCAUGGCAAACCUGUUGAUAAGAGACUCAAACCACUUAUUGCUGUUCCAACUACAGCUGGUACAGGCAGUGAGACAACUGGAGUAGCAAUAUUUGACUAUGAGCCACUUAAAGCUAAAACAGGAAUUGCAAACAGAGCUAUCCGUCCUUUGCUUGGUAUUGUUGAUCCUCUACACACACUACACAUGCCAGAAAGAGUGACAGCAAACAGUGGUUUUGAUGUGUUAUGUCAUUCUAUAGAGUCCUAUACAGCUAUCCCAUACACUAAAAGAGGACCACGUCCUACCAACCCUAACAUGCGACCAGCAUAUCAAGGAAGUAACCCAAUCAGUGACGUCUGGGCUUUGCAUGCUUUGAGGAUUGUUCAUAAGUACAUGAAAAGAGCUGUAAAAGAUCCUCAGGAUCUUGAGGCAAGAUCAGCCAUGCAUUUGGCAAGUGUGUAUGCUGGUGUAGGGUUUGGAAAUGCAGGAGUACACUUGUGCCAUGGUAUGUCCUACCCAAUAUCUGGCCUUGUCAAGUCAUACAGAGCUAAAGAUUACGAUGUUGAACAUCCUUUGGUGCCUCAUGGAUUGUCUGUCGUUUUAACAGCACCAGCAGUAUUUGCUUUCACUGCAGCAGCUUGUCCUGAAAGACACAUUGAAGUGGCUCGUUUGUUAGGUGCUGACACCACUAAUACCAAGAAGGAAGACGCAGGGUUGCUAUUGGCUGACACUUUAAGGCAGUUUAUGUUAUCAUUAGAUGUAGAUAAUGGUCUUAAAGCUUUGGGCUAUAGUAAUGAUCACAUCCCAGAACUAGUCCAGGGUACAAUACCCCAGCAACGUGUUACAAAACUUGCUCCUGCAGGGACCCCAGGGGAGGAAGAACUUGCUAUGCUCUUUGAGAACUCAAUGACAGUAUAUUAGGUAUAUUAUUACAAUUCUCAUCAUCUUUUCCAGUAAUGAGGUACAAUAGACUUGUAGGGCCUUAUAAACAUGAUAUUUAAUGAAAAAUUUUGAAUGAAUAGUAAUAUCAUCACUGAUUUUUGAAUGGAAAAUAUUUUCUAGGGUACACAAGCUAAGUAUUUUCGAAAUAUUUUAAUAUUUUAAAAUUGAUUUGGGUACCCUGUGUGGUAACUGGGACAAAAAAAAUUAGGAAUCACUGCAGACAGAUAUUUUAGAACAAAUUUUGUAUAUAUUUUUAAGACAAAUUUAAGAAAAACGGCAUUCAAUAGCAGAAUAUUCUUUAGUAAAAAAGUUGUGACAUUAAUUAAUAGAAUGAAUGUAUAUGUCAGCUUACUGGCUGUCCAAGGUGCAAUUGUUUUCAAAAGAAAAAUGAUACGAAAAGAUUAUUCCUACAAUUAAAAUCUGUAAUGAAC